CAGAAAACCUUCGUGCAAACUCCGGGCCCUUUUGUGCAACUUGCAGAACAAGCCGAAGACCCUUCAGAGCUCUGCAGCACUGCCGGAUCCAACUGUGCAAUACAGACUCAAGCGAUGUGUGGACCACCUCCAUGUGUCAUCAGUGGACCACCUCCAUGUGUCAUCAGUGGACCACCUCCAUGUGACAACAGUGGUCGUUCCUCAUCAGUUCCGAACUGCCCGUCUGCAACACCCAUAAUAAUUUCACAGAGAACCACAACAAGACCUGGACCACCUGUAAUACUGAGACAAGACCCAAGUAAGUGCCACGUCUGCCCGCCCAUCCUGGGUUGGUUCCUACACCCGCUGUCUCUCUGACUCCAGACCUUCAGUCUCUCUUGUUUCAAUCACACAGCUUCCUCUAAAGUCACCGGUAACUGAAAACCCUACCACUAACAAGUCAGACCAUGAGCUGCCUGAAGGCACCUUGAAGUCAGAUCUACUCCUUUUGAAUAUUUUUAGUUGGGUUAUUUUGUUCUUAUUUGCAAUGACAAGAUAAUGUUGGCACUGACGGGCUACUAAGUAUCCUCUGUCGUGUGACUGACAGGCUACUAAGUGUCCUCUGUCGUGUGACUGACGGGCUACUAAGUAUCCUCUGUCGUGUGACUGAUGGGCUACUAAGUAUCCUCUGUCGUGUGACUGACGGGCUACUAAGUGUCCUCUGUCGUGUGGCUGACGGGCUACUAAGUGUCCUCUGUCGUGUGACUGCGAUGUGCUGCCAGCGCAUCCAGCACCUUCCUCUCCAGCAGCAUCCUUUCUUGUUCCCUGCACAGCUGCUAGCCUUUGUUGGAAGCUGCUGCCCCCUACUGCAGGGCGCCAGUAUGUCUUCCUGCUGCUUCGGACAGCUUUCACAAAUUGUCCCCUGUGGGAAAUGUCACCCGCUGCUUUUCUUGUUAGAGUUAAUAGAUAAUUGGGGUUUUAAAACAAAAAGAAAGUAAGAGAAGUCAAAUUGAAUUAGCAAAUUAAGUCAACUGAGAUGUUACUCAUUUAUAAAAAAAUAAAAAAUAGUGGAGGACCAGGGGAAGGACAAUAGGGCCAAGAUAGAAAAAAAAAGCUCAUUCCUCCAGAGUUCACUCAUGCAUUUGAACACUUAUGACAUGUUUCAUGUCCAAGGAGGUUGAGAGAAAAGCUCCUUCUUCUGAGCACUAACAAAUCCUCUUAGAACUUGGUGUGUCUCUGCCCUCACUGGAGAGCACCCGUGUGCACCGUGCUCUCUCUGCUGGCUUUACCGACUACAGCGACUCUGAGAAAGCUCCCCUUUGAUAAGUAUGGCCCCUGCUCAGGGCAG